AUGGACCCAGCCCCCUCUCAGGGUUACAGUCUGAAGGAUGUGAAGUGGAGUUCGGGGGCCGUUCCGCUGGACUUGCUGGUCAGCACUUAUAGGCUGCCCCAGAUCGCCCGGCUGGACAGCGGAGAAUCCAUAGAAGGUCUUCGAGAGAAUGACUAUCUUCUGAUUCAUUCCUGCCGGCAGUGGACCACCAUCACAGCACAUAGCCUGGAGGAAGGCCACUAUGUCAUUGGGCCAAAGAUAGAAAUCCCAGUACAUUAUGCAGGGCAGUUUAAGCUUCUGGAACAAGACCGGGAUAUUAAGGAACCAGUGCAGUAUUUUAACAGUGUGGAGGAGGUGGCGAAAGCAUUUCCUGAACGAGUUUACGUCAUGGAGGAAAUAACAUUCAACGUGAAGGUUGCUGCGGGAGAAUGCAAUGAAGAUACAGAAGUUUACAACAUCACUCUUUGCACUGGAGAUGAACUCACUUUAAUGGGGCAGGCAGAGAUCCUUUAUGCAAAAACAUAUAAGGAGAAGUCACGAUUCAAUACAAUCUUCAAGAAGAUUGGAAAACUCAAUUCCAUCGGCAAGCUGGGUAAAGGCAAAAUGCCUUGCCUCAUUUGCAUGAAUCACAGGACCAAUGAAAGCAUCAGCCUUCCAUUUCAGUGCAAGGGCCGAUUUAGUACCCGCAGCCCGUUGGAGCUCCAGAUGCAAGAGGGCGAACAUACCAUCCGCAACAUCGUGGAGAAGACCAGGCUGCCUGUCAAUGUGAUUGUGCCGAGCCCCCCGCCCAGAAACCCGUACGAUCUUCACUUCAUUCGGGAAGGUCACCGGUACAAGUUUGUGAACAUCCAGACUAAAACGGUGGUGGUUUGCUGCGUGCUCCGCGGCAGCAAAGUCCUCCCCAUGCAUUUUCCUUUGCACCUGACGGUCCCCAAGUUCAGCCUCCCAGAAAACCUUGUGAAGGGAGAGGUCUGGCCUGAAUCCCUGGUCCAGCAUUGGCUCGGUGUCUGCCAAGAACAGUUUGACAUCGAUGAGUAUUCCCGUGCCGUCCGUGACGUGAAGACGGACUGGAACGAUGAGUGUAAGAGUCCCAAGAAGAGCCGGUGUUCCGGCCACAACCACAUCCCCAACUCCCUCAGCUACGCCCGGGACGAGCUAACACAGUCCUUCCACCGGCUCUCUGUCUGUGUGUACGGGAAUAACCUACAUGGCAACAGUGAGGUGAACCUCCAUGGCUGUAGGGAUCUGGGAGGGGAGUGGACUCCCUUUUCUCAUGACCCCCUCCAGUACCAGGACUCCGGUGACAGUGGGAGUGAUUAUCUUUUCCCUGAAGUUGGCGAUGAAUCUGUGUGUUUCCCAUCAAAGCCAGAACUCCCUUAUGAAGAGCUGUGGCUUGACCAAGGCAAGACAGACAGCCAACCCCUUACUGCUUCCUUGAGCGAAAAAACCAAAUGUGAUAAUUACAGAAGCUCUAUCCGGUCAAAAUGUGGCACUUCUCUCCCUGUUGCUGGGAUGCUGGCAGCCACGACAUCUUCAGAUGUGGCCCUACCUCCACCUCCAGUGCCUCCGAAAUCUGAAGCUGUCAGGGAAGAAUGCCGACUCUUGAAUGCUCCACCUGUUCCACCUCGAAGUGCAAAGCCCUCUUCUACAAGUCCUUCUAUUCCUCCUCGGUCGGCUAAACCAGUGAGGCAACAGACACGUUCUCCCAGUCCCACCCUGUCCUACUAUUCCUCAGGACUACACAACAUCAGUGUCACUGAGAAUGACCCAACAAGCCCUUCAGAAAGUAUUUCCGUUUCCUGCUAUCCAUGUAACAGGAUGAAGACUGAGUCUCUGGAACUUAGCAGAUCUCCCUUUGGAAGCCCCCCUGCUGAAACUCUGUCCUCUAGACUGUCAUGGCCUAGCCAUUUCUUGGCAGCAACUGAAAGCGAGAACAGGAAUGAUUUCCUGUUGGAUCCAAGCAGAAGUUAUAGUUACCCUAGGCAGAAGACACCAGGAACACCAAAAAGAAACUGUCCAGCAGCUUUUGACUUUGAAGGGUGUGAUCUCUAUGCAAGCUCCACUCAGUCAGGUCCAGCAGAGUUCCCAGGUGGGAUGUCUGGGUGUCCUAAGUCAGCCAGUUACUCCUUAGAAUGCACAGAUGAGAAGGCCUUAGCAGCUAGCCCGGCAAAACAGAGUCACUCGUGCCCAGCCUUACCCCCGAGAGCCCCCAAACUAACUGAGGAGAAACUGGCCCCAGAAGCGUUUCCUUUGAAAAUCGAUGGUGCUGAGGAAGAUCCUAAACCUGGCUCAUCAGACCUCUCAGAGGAUCAGUAUUUUGUUAAAAAAGGCACACAAGACAUUUUUUCCAUUUCUUAUCCUUUUUCUUCCCCUCUUCACCUCCAGCUAGCUCCACGAUCUUGUGGUGAUGGUUCCCCAUGGCAACCACCCACUGACCUGUCAGGACUUUCUAUAGAGGAAGUGUCCAAAUCACUACGGUUCAUUGGUUUGUCAGAAGAUGUCAUCUCGUUCUUUGUUACGGAAAAGAUCGAUGGGAAUUUGCUAGUCCAGCUAACUGAAGAGAUCCUCUCGGAGGACUUCAAGCUUAGCAAACUCCAGGUGAAGAAAAUACUACAGUUUAUUAAUGGCUGGAGGCCCAAGAUAUAGCCCGGGGACCCAUCUGGCAUUGAAUAAAACUGAUGGAUUGAUGUGUUGGAAGGGAUAGGGCUUUGGUACAUAAUUUCAUUAUUAUUAAUUUUUUUUUGCACUAAAACCCCUCUGUAAAUAGUGGUAGAAACUUUUACUAUGCAGAUUAAGUUUUUGAAUGGUGAACCAGGCUAUUUUGUAUGUCAAUAAAAAUGCCAUAGAGAACACUUUAGAGGUGUGCCUUGUACAUCACUCAACACCCAGCAGCUGCUAAAACAGAAAAGGGAAUAUUAGGAUGUUUGCCCAGGUAGGUUUGUGCUAAGAAGGUAUGCUAUUUAUUAUUGAACAGCCAAAGCUGAAAAAUGUAAAUUCAAAAUAUCCUUGUGACCAAGAAUACUUUUCUUUUGGGGGUUGACUUCAGACAGUUAGACACUAUGCUCUGUCUGGUGGCUUGUUUAAUGCUUAUUCUUUUUGAUUCUAGUGCCUGAAAAUGUUUUAAAGGUGAUUAUGCUAAUCUUCUAAAAAUGAAAAUAUUGUAUGCUUAGUGCAUUUUUUUUACCCAAAGUUGUCAAUGUUCUGAAAAUCACAUGUUAGUAGAAUUAGGCUAUGUUACAUGCCCUAAGUAAUAAUAAACUAUGAUAAUAGUCAUUUACUUAUAACUGCUAUUGCUUUUGCUAAGCAGAGAAAAACUAUAAUGUACACAAAUAUGCUUCAAAAUUACAUUCUGAGUCACAUCAUUUAAAUAAUAGUUUAAAUUCUCCAUCAAGGUAUUAAGAUUUAGAAAUGUCAUUUACAUAUCAUUUACUUUUACAGAAAUAACAGAGACACCAUAACUGUUAAAAAAAAAAAAAAUCCUUGGAACCCUGGAACUUCUAUGUGAAUCUUCUUUACUUCUUAAUAAAGAAACCUGAUGUCAGACUUUAUCUUUCUAGUCCACUGUAGUCUAGGAGGAAGAGAAGAAAUCUUUUUUAUCAGUGCAUUACUAUCAUUUUGGGAUGUGGAGGCUUAAUAUACACCCAAUUUAAAUUUAUUCUUCUCAUGGGGAAGAUUUGGAGACCAUCAAUCUGAAUGUAUUCUCUAUGUGUUUCAUGCAUUUGGUUGAUCCCAGAAACCAAAAAUGACAUUUUGUUAAUCUAUUGGAUUCUCUGGUCCUUCUACUAAUUAGAGACAUUUAAAAAAAAAAAAAAAUGGUGUCCCAAAAAUCUUAGUACAUUUUUUGGUUUUUAAAGCUUAAAAACAAGCUAAAACUUUUGGGACACUCUUUAUAGCUAAGAAGACAGUUUCAUUAACUCUUCUCUCUGUUCUCUAAUCUCCAACCAAAAUCCAUUACUGACUUUCUCUUCUAAAAUAGGGAAUAGUAAUCUGGCCUAUUGUUUUAGACAGGAUUAAAUAUUUUAAAAUUCAGUUCUAGGAUUCAGGUUCUUCCUUCAAGAUUUAAAGGACCUUUUCUACUUUUGAGUUUGUUUCAUGAGCUGAGUCCUCCCAACAUAGUUAUUAUUAGCUUUAAUUCAGAGUUGAAAUAUACUAACAUUACAAAAAGAAAUAACUUGCUUUUGACUCUUCUAUUUUUUUUCUUCCCCUAAGUAUCUGUGAUGACAUGGAAGAUGGGAGGGGCUUCUGUUUUUUGUUUUCCAUUCUUAAAACUCCGACCUUUAAGCUGGAAAUUAAAAGGCACUGCUGGGAAAUGGAAAAAUGUGGAGGAUGGAGAACUGAUCUUGGUGCCUCAGACCAGGUACCACCGACCUGCAUUGCAAAGGGAAUUUCAUAUCUAAAGCUCCCUGAACCAAUAAAAUCAUGAAUUUAAUUUAAAAAUGAAAAGGAGGACUGACAAACUUUAAAAAGAUAUUGACUUACAGCCUCUGGUGCCUCAGACCAGGUACCACCAACCUGCAUUGCAAAGGGAAUUUCAUAUCUAAAGCUCCCUGAACCAAUAAAAUCAUGAAUUUAAUUUAAAAAUGAAAAGGAGGACUGACAAACUUUAAAAAGAUAUUGACUUACAGCCUCCUAUCAUUGUGCUUUUUCAAUUUUGUAAUGCAAUCUGGAAAGGACCUUAUAAGCUACUUAAGGCAAUCCUCCCAUGGUUUACCUUUUUUUAAGAUCCCAGGAAGUUAAAUGACUUGCCUCAAAGUUACAUAGUUAACAAUGUUGUGUGAUAGAUGGAAUACCAGCAUUGGUAUCAAGAAGUUUUGGAUUCAAAUCUCCCCUGACACGUCUUAGCUUUGUGACUAUGGACAAAUCAUUUAACUUCUCAAUGUCAGCUAGACAACCUCCCACCCCAAUCCCUAGUCAACUUUCUAAGACUUGGAAGACUUGAACAGAAAAAAAAAAAAAAAAAAAGUCUAAUCUAUUGAUGAAGAGAGUUUUCACACUAGGAAUUACCCACAUUAAAGAACUCAUAAAAUUCUAUCAUAAAUUAAACCUUUUGGAUCUGCUUUUCUGAAAGAAAAAAAAAUACAAUAUAACCCAAUGACUGGAAAGAUUCUUUUUAGCUACACCCAGAUGAAUCAGUUUUAAGUAUCUUGACAUUUAACUGCAUAGUUCCCCAAUUUAGGAGGGAAAUCAAGGAUGUUUUUGCAUAGUCUUCACUCUGUCCUUACACAAGAGCUCAGCCCUUCUCUUUUUGGUUUGUUUCUGCCUAACCAGAAAUUUCUUAAGAAAAAUGAUUUAAUGAAAAUUGUCUUCUGUUUGUCACUAUCAAAAUAAUUUGGUUCUUGUGGUGUGGCUGAGGGCAAGGGAGAUGUCAAGAUGAUUAACAUGAAUUCCUCUGAAUUUGCUAAAUUUGAUAAUAAGGAUACAUUUUGAAAGAGAUUCUCUCCCUGUACUUCUCCCCCUUCCCAGUCAACUUGACAAAAAAGGGGUGUUUUAAAAAAACUACUUGAUUAUGUUUAAAAUGAUUAAGGUAAGAAAUACUUUUCUAGCAAAAUUCCACCUUUCUAGUAAAAGGCUCCUGCUAAUAAUUCAUUCCUAUGUGUUUUCUGUUAUGGGCUGGGGGAGGGUCCUUUUUUCUACAGUUGUAAUAAAUAUCUUCUGUAAACCAUAAAUAAGUGUAAGCUAUGUUCUCUUCUAAGAGCUAUAGUGAGCAAAUAUAGAGCUUGGUGGCUGUCAUCAACAGUACUCAGACACGCGGACUAGACAGAGCAUGAAUAGCUCUGUAAAAGAGUCAUAGCUAUAACAAGUAACAUGGUGCAGAGGUGGAAAGGAAAUAAUCUUUCUAUUCUCACCACCAGGAUUUUGCCACUAGAAUUCAAUAUCCCAAAGAAGCAAGGCCUCCUGCUGCCUGUUAAGGCGAGGAAGUCAGUGAGACAGCCUCAUAACCCAGAAGAUGUAGGUAUUUCCUGUGCACUUGCUAAUAUCCACACAAUAGUUAGACACCAGAUACUCAGCAAUGACCAGGGAAAGUGGCCCAACUCAUUCCUCUGGGUCUUCUUUUGUUUAUUAAGUAAUUUUUCUGAAAUUAAGAAGCAAGAAGACUACACACCCACUGAACUCUUAAAUGGAGUUGUUAGAAGGAAACAUUUCAGAUUUUUUCAUCCCAGGAGCUCAUAGAAAAGCAUAGACAAUCCUUAUAAAAUAGGAAAAAUUGAAUUCACAAGUCUCCAGCUUUCUUGAACUAUUCUCUUAAACCCAAACUGCCAGACUUUACAAAUGGGGCAACUCUUGUUUUUCUCUCCAUUUGCCAUUCAUUUUGAUAAAAAUUCAGUUAACCACACAGUUACCAAUUAUGUGGAAGAUUUCCUUAUAUGGAAUUAACAAAACAAUCAGCCCUGUGAGAAAUGUUAUAAAAAGGGUUCACGUUAAGUAUUUUCCUUUCAGACAACUAUUUGUAUACACCACGUACUAAUGCAUCCCAUAUUCAGGACUGCAAAAGCUUUCCCCAAGAAAUGGGCAUUGUAUGGCUAUAUCAGUGCUCUUGUCUUAAGCAUUUUAGGAGCCAAGAGGCCGUUCUUUUUUGUUUUGUAUUGAUUCAAGACUUACUCUGAAUAUAACACCAAAAAAAAGGAUAUAUGUGUACAUGUAUGAAUAUAUAAACAUAUGCAUUCUAUAGUGUGUGUAUAUAUGUAUGUGUGUGUAUAUGUAUACACAUACAUUCAGAAAGACUGUACAUGAACCAUUGGUCUCUAUAAUGUACUGCUUGCUUUAUUUUUAGAUUUAUAAUAAACUUAGCAUGUAGCUAACUUUUUUUUUUUCUGGCCUACCUUCUGUCCUCAUGCUCAUGAAGUAACCUCAGAGUUUGGGAUGACUGGCUAACUGAUAGUCCCAAAGUCAGUGAAUGUCUAAUACCCAAGAGUCUUCACUCCCAAGCUUUUCCUCUAUAUAAAGGAAUUUUCGUCCCCAGACUAUACCCCCCCACACUCUAUAAAAAGCAAAGUAUGCUAUUAUAUAUUAUUUUAAGGAGGUGUCCUGCAUUAAUUAGCUCAACUGUUAACCAUUUCUCCAUCUUCUUAACUUGGUCAGAGUUUCAGUCUGUUAAAGCCAAUCCAUUAUGUUCUAAAGAAAAGACAAUGAAAGUGCAAAUAGGUAUGACAUUACUUUGCAGGAGGGGGAUAUCGCUUAGAAAUUAUAAUGGCAAACAUAAUAAGACUUUAAAACUCGGCGUUUUGAAAUUCACCUCAUUUUGAAUUGUCAUAAGAAAAAAUGUAAAAAAUAUACAAGUGGUUUCUGUGUUUUUGUUGAGUUUUGUAUCUUUGUUCUGUAAACUAUGGGUAUUUGAGCUCCUUCAGUUAAAUUGUCUCAGGUCUGCAGGUUUUCUUGGCCCAUAUAUUGGUAUUUCUUGGAUAAAAAUCCCUCCUCUAACCCACUUCCUUGUUAAAUUCCCAUUUAAAACAUUGUGUGAGCAAUCUAAAAUUAGGAUUUAAUUGAUGACUAGCAUUCUGAAGCUUGGGGUGAUUUGAAUCUAAGAAAUGUAUUUUUUUUAUGCAUUUUGUAACCAUUUUUACAUAAGUUCUUUACUUGGGAAAUUUGGAUUGUCAACUGUAAAUUAACAAUUACAUUCUUUUCAGGAACAUUACUUAAUGGACCCGUUGUGUACCUCAAGAUCAACAGUAUCUUAAGUCUAAACUCAUUGUUGAAUAAUGUCCAUCAAUAAAAGGAACUUUGUUAAAGUUGCCCUCUUUUGCAAUUA